AUGUCUCGCGCGGCUUCAGGAUCGUUGGGCGGAUUGAUUUUACCGUUUGCAGCGCUGUAUCUUGCCGGACAGUCUAUUUACGAUGUUGGCGGUGGCACUCGGGCCAUUAUCUUUGACCGGUUGUCUGGUGUCAGCCCCAACGUUACUGGAGAAGGCACCCACUUUUUGAUUCCCUGGCUGCAAAAGGCGAUUCUGUUCGACGUCCGCACUCGCCCCCGUAAUAUUACUACCAGCACAGGUUCCAAGGAUUUGCAAAUGGUUUCUUUGACCCUCCGUGUGCUCUCUCACCCGGACAUUCCCAAGCUGCCCCAGAUCUACCAGAGCCUUGGCCUCGAUUACGACGAGCGUGUGCUGCCUUCAAUUGGCAACGAAGUGCUCAAGAGUAUUGUCGCCCAGUUCGAUGCUGCCGAGCUCAUUACCCAGCGUGAGGUGGUUUCGCAAAAGAUUCGCGAAGAUCUCCGCCGCCGUGCUUCCGAAUUCGGCAUUGAGCUCGAGGACGUUAGCAUCACCCACUUGACGUUUGGCCGCGAGUUCACCAAGGCAGUUGAGCAGAAGCAAAUUGCCCAACAGGACGCCGAGCGUGCCCAGUACCAGGUGCAGAAGGCCGACCAGGAGCGCCAGGCUGCUGUCAUCCGUGCUGAGGGUGAGGCAGAGGCUGCCGAAGCUAUUUCCAAGGCUCUGGCCAAGGCGGGUGACGGUCUCAUCAAGGUCCGUCGUCUCGAGGCCGCCAAGGAUAUUGCCACCACUCUCGCUCAGGCUGGUCCCAAUGUUGCCUACGUUCCCUCGGGCAGUUCGGCUGAUGGCGAGGGCAAGAGCUCUGGUUCAAGUCUACUGCUGAAUGUUAAUGGCCGCUGA